AUGAACCCAAGGUUCAGUUCGCGUUCCUCCACCUCAUGCUCUGCACCAUCGUUGAAGAAGUGUGGCUGUGGGAAAGAGGUUAUUCUCUACAGAUCCAAUUCGACGAAUAACCCUGGAAAGCUUUUUUGGAGGUGUCCUGAUUGGAAGGAAAAAGGGAAUUGUGGUUUUUUCCAGUGGGAUAUACGACCUGUUGCUGAGGAUGAUAUGGAGGGAUCUUCAAAAUUGAAUGAAGGAUUGAACCUGAGGCAAGACAUGAAGGAAAUGAUGGAAAAAAAGCUAGCUAGGUUGAAGGAAGACAUUGAUGAAAUUGUGCAGAAGGCAAUUGAGAACUUCAGGAAAGACAUGGAUGACAAGAAGGACAAGAAAAUAGAAAGGAUGAAGAUGAAGCUGAAAAAUGAGGGAUUGAAGUUGAAUGUGUUGUGGUUCUUCUUUGGGAUUAGCUUGGUUGUAGCAUUGUCAAAGUGGUUUUAG